AAAUGAAGUGAGAAAAUGUACAAAGAAAUGUGUGUGUGCUUGGCUGUGUUUUAUGUCUCUAUUCUCCCUAGCAUUAAGCAGCUUGACAGAUAUGGUCAGCUGAUCCUUGCAAAUUCUACUGCAGCAGACACUGGUGAAUAUAGCUGCUGGCUUCUUCUGUGUAAUGGCUCUAGCUGCAAGAAGGAUGAGUCUAAAACAGGCUCAACAUACAUCUUUUUCACAGAUAAAGGGGAGCUCUUUGUACCUACUUCCAGUUAUUUCGAGAUUGUCUACCUGAACCCAGAUAAACCAGCAGUAAUCCCUUGCAGAGUGACCAUCCCAUCAGCAAAAGUAACUCUGCACAGGGAGUUUCCAGCAGAAGAAAUCAAAACAGAUGGAACUAAUAUUAUCUAUGAUGUGAAGAAGGGUUUUAUUUAUCAACACCCCACCUCUGACCACAAAGGAGUGGUCUAUUGUAGAGCAGAAUCACGGGGAGCACCUCAGAUUUCUAUCAAGUAUCAAUUACUGUAUGUGGAAGUUCCUAGUGGUCCACCAUCAACAACAAUUGUGGCAUCAUCCAACAAAGCAGAAGGUGGUGACAAUGUUAAUGUUCUUUGUAUAGUCCUUGGGGAGCCAGACGUAGAAGUAGAAUUCAAUUGGAAGUACCCAGGGGAAGAGUAUGAAAGGCCUGUGAUUAUCCAAGAUUCUUGGAGGCUGAUCAACAGAGGAAUUGGGCAUACCACAAGAAUCUCCAAGAGUGUUAUUGCCAUUGAAGAUUUCGAAACCAUUGAUGCUGGCAACUAUAUUUGUACAGCUCAGAACCUACGAGGACAAACCACAGUAGCCACCCAUGUUGACCUGACCUGAUAUGUGGAGUCUGUGGACACAGAAUGAACAAACAGUAUGUUAUUGGACACAUUAACCCUUUAGUUUCUUUUUAUUAAUUCUGAGAUGGAGGUUUCUGUUAAUAUCUCUCUCCUCAUGUCCUUACAUUCCACUUCCAUUACAGAGCAGUGGUCCAGAGCAGAGACCCUAAUGCUUACCAAUACUCAGGAGAAUUGGAUUGAAACCAUAUAUUAAACCUUUGUAGCCUGAUUAUGCAUGUGGCUCCCAAGUGCUCCUAAUACAGUGAUAAAUCUUCGUCAGGGAGAGUCUAUAUAUAAAUAACUUUUAUGUUAGGUAAAUAUAACUACUUGUAAAAAUGUUGCUUGUGCGUUAUUUUCAUGAAUGCUGAGAGGAGGAUAUAACAACUUUUUAAGUAGACCCACCAGCAUAGGUAUAUUUUCUUCUUUGUCAUGGUGGUGAUUUUAACACAUUGUACAUGUAAAAAAUAUUAAAACUUAGUCAUGAUUCACUUGUUAUAGAAAAUUAGUCAACAGUGAUUACUCUUCUCUGGUUUGGUAGAUGUGGAUUAAAUUUCUUUACUGAAUAGUGA